CGGGUGAUGAGAUACUCGGGCGGCGGCGGUGGAAGGGGCGACGGGGGCAGCAACUGCAGUCACAUCCACGACCGCGACCAUGGCCGAGAAUCACACCCAGAAAAAAGCCAAGCUCAUCUCUGAGACCCGACGGAGGUUCGAAGCUGAGUAUGUGGCAGAUAAGUCAGAUAAAUAUGAUCCACGUGAUGUUGAAAGGCUACAACAAGAUGAUAACUGGGUUGAAAGUUACUUAGCUUGGAGACAUAAUAUAGAUGAAACACUGAAGAUGCUUGAUGAGAGUUUUCAGUGGAGGAAAGAGAUUUCUGUCAAUGACCUUAAUGAAUCCUCCAUUCCCAGAUGGUUGUUGGAAAUUGGUGGUAUUUAUCUCCAUGGUUAUGACAAAGAAGGUAACAAAUUGUUCUGGAUCAGGGUGAAGUAUUAUAUAAAAGACCCGAAGACUGUGUUGGACAAAAAGAAACUCAUAGCAUUCUGGUUGGAACGUUAUGCUAAGAGGGAAAAUGGGAAACCUGUAACAGUGAUGUUUGACCUGUCAGAAACUGGAAUUAAUAACAUAGACAUGGACUUUGUACGCUUUAUCAUCAACUGCUUUAAGAUUUAUUACCCGAAAUACCUCUCAAAAAUAGUGAUCUUUGAUAUGCCUUGGUUAAUGAAUGCUGCUUUCAAAAUCGUGAAAACCUGGCUUGGUCCAGAAGCAGUGAGUUUGUUGAAGUUUACAAGCAAAAAUGAAGUCCAGGACUAUGUCAGUGUAGAAUACCUGCCGCCCCACAUGGGUGGAACUGACCCUUUCAAGUAUACCUACCCACCACUAGUAGACGAUGACUUCCAAACACCAUUGUGUGAGAAUGGGCCUAUCACUAGUGAGGAUGAAACUUCAAGUAAAGAAGAUAUAGAAAGUGAUGGUAAAGAAACCUUGGAAACAAUUUCUAAUGAAGAACAAACAGCUCUUCUAAAAAAGAGUAACCCAACCGAAUCUACUUCCAAAGUGGAAGAACAUGAAAAAGUUGAUUCAAAGAUAAAAGCUUUCAAGAAACCAUUGAGUGUGUUUAAAGGGUCCUUGUUACACAUCAGCCCAGCGGAAGAACUAUAUUUUGGAAGUACAGAAUCUGGAGAGAAGAAAACUUUAAUAGUGUUGACAAAUGUAACUAAAAAUAUAGUGGCAUUUAAGGUAAGAACAACUGCUCCAGAAAAAUACAGAGUAAAGCCAAGCAACAGCAGCUGUGAUCCAGGUGCCUCAGUUGAUAUCAUUGUGUCUCCCCACGGGGGCUUAACAGUCUCUGCGCAAGACCGUUUUCUGAUCAUGGCUGCAGAAAUGGAGCAAUUAUCUAGCACGGGUCCAGCAGAAUUGACUCAGUUCUGGAAAGAAGUUCCCAGAAACAAAGUGAUGGAGCAUAGGUUAAGAUGCCAUACUUUUGAGAACAGUAAACCAAACAUUCUUACCUUAAAAGACAAUGCUUUUAACAUGUCAGAUAAAACCGGUGAAGAUAUAUACCUACAGCUCAAUCGUUUACUAGAAAGCAGUAGAAAGCUUGAAGACCAAGUUCAGCAUUGUAUCUGGUUCCAGCAGCUGCUGCUUUCUUUAACAGUGCUCUUGCUUGUUCUUGUCAUGUCUUUCUUCUAUUUGUUGUACAGUUAAAGAAGUGGUGCCCAGUAGGAAACCCGGCUCCUUCAUCCAUUAGUUGGAAAAAGUAACACACCCAAAACUUCUCCACCAAGCUACUAAAACUAUUGCACAUCUGUGAUUCCUGAAAGGAAAUGUGCAGCAUAUAGAGGGGAACCCAUACAUGUCUUGAAAAUAAAUUGUUAGAAUAAUGAAAUGCUGGUGAAAUUGAUUAUUAGAGACUAUAGCUAGUUAGGAAAGUAAGUAAAGGCAUAUCCAUUGUGUAAAUUAGUAGUUUAAAUGUAACUUAUUUUUUCCUUUUCAUUUGAAUACUUUUAAAGCUUAAGUUUU